CACCACCGCCGUUUGCAGGAAUUCUCGCCGCACCCACCGCCGCACCACGACUGCAGCACGUCCGCACUUUUUCAUUUUGUAUGCAAAAUUCGCCGCACCAUGAUACAUAAUUUUAGAAUUUGGAAAAUUAAAAAAAAAAAAAUACCGACGAGAAGGAGAUUCGAACUCGAGCACUUUCAAUUAGAAGUCCAACGCUUUAACCACUCGACCACCAAGUCAUGUUUGCAUGAACUGGCAAGUUGUUACUUAAGAAAAAAUAACAUUGAAGACGACUUAAACAUUUGUAUAAGUACCAGAAUAGAAUUUAUUUCAUACAAAAUUAAAUAGUGCGGACGUGCUGCAGUCGUGGUGCGGCAGUCGUGCACCGAAUUUUUCAUUCAAAAUAAAAUAGUGCGGACGUGCUGCAGUCGUGGUGCGGCGGUCGUGCACCGAAUUUUUCAUUCAAAAUGAAAUAGUGCGGAUGUGCUGCAGUCAUGGUGCGGCGGCGUUGGUACAGCGAAUUUAUUUCAUAUUUUUCAUUUUUUUCAAAAUGAAACGGUGCGGACGUGCUGCAGCGGUGGUGCGGCGGUUUAGAAAUUUUUGAUCAUAGUGCGGGCGUGCUGAAGCGUAGGUGCGGCGGUGAAAAAGUGCUGCGGACGUGGUGCAGCGGUGGUGCGGCGGAAUUCCAUUUUUACUCGGGGACCUACUAUGUUUUGUAGGACUUAUCGCAUUGAUUACAAAAUGGCAUAACUGAAAAGUUACCAUACUUGAAAGAAAUAGGAAUCACAGCAGCAUGGCUUUCACCGAUUUAUCCUUCUCCUAUGGCUGAUUUCGGCUACGACAUCUCCAAUUUUACUGAUAUUGAUCAAAUUUACGGUAACAUGGAAGAUUUUGAUGCUCUAAUGGUAAAAGCCAACGAAAUAGGAAUUAAAAUAAUAAUGGAUUUCGUUCCAAAUCAUUCAAGUGAUGAAUCUAUAUGGUUUCAAAAAUCAGUCGCACGUGAUCCUGAAUUUAAAGAUUUUUAUGUGUGGCAUCCAGGAAAGAUGGUCAAUGGAAAAAGACAACCACCCACAAAUUGGAUGAGUGCAUUCCGUGGUAAUGCAUGGGAAUGGAAUGAGCAACGUCAGGAAUACUACUACCAUCAAUUUGUUUCAAAGCAACCUGAUUUAAAUUAUCGUAAUCCUAAAGUAAAGGAAUAUAUGAACGAAGUUUUAAAGUUUUGGCUUAAGAAGGGAGUUGCGGGAUUCCGUUGUGAUGCUGUCCCAAAUGUUUUUGAAAGUGCUCCUGACGCUAAUGGCAACUAUCCAGAUGAGCCACGUAAUAGUUCAGUAGAUGACCCAGAAGCUUAUAAUUAUGUCCAACAUAUUUAUACUUCCGACCAGCCAGAGACUGUGCAACUAGUUUAUGAAUGGAGGAAGCUUCUAGAUGAUUUUAAGGCAGUGAACGGUGGGGAGGAUAGAAUUCUCAUGAUUGAAAGUUAUUCACCAAUUGAAACUGUUUUGGAAUAUUAUGGCAACAAAACACACGAUGGAGCUCAGAUUCCUUUCAACUUCCAAUUAAUUACUUAUCUAAAGGAACAUUCAGAUGCUUAUUACUACUCUGAAAUUAUAAAUCUGUGGUUACAUAAAAUGCCUGAGGGUAAAACAGCUAACUGGGUUCUUGGUAACCAUGACAGAUCUCGUGUUGGAUCGCGCAUGGGAACUGAUCGGAUCGAUAUGAUGAACAUGUUGGCUUUAACUCUACCAGGAUGCAGUGUUACUUAUCAGGGUGAAGAAACUGGUAUGACUGAUGUUUGGAUAUCGUGGAAUGAUACUGUUGAUCCACAAGCUUGCAACUCGAAUCCAGAUAUCUAUCUUCCACUGUCUAGAGAUGCAUGUCGUACGCCGUUUCAAUGGAGUGAUGAAAAGAAUGCCGGAUUUUCAAAUGGUUCGAAAACUUGGCUCCCAGUUUCAGAUUUGUAUCCUAUUGUUAAUGUAAAGAGAGAACGUGGUAUUGCAUUUAGUCACUUUAAUAUUUACAAACAAUUGAAAAGUUUACGAACUGAAAGAACGUUACGAGAAGGUGACACUGAAGUUAAAGCAGUUAGUGAAACAGUUUUAGCUGUAAAAAGAUCAUUGCGAAACGAUUUUACUUUUAUCACUUUGGCGAAUAUCAUGGACGACGUUGAAAUAGUGAAUUUGAAUUCGGUAUUCAACAAUAUUUCCAAUGUUUUGGAGUAUGUUGUAGUUACUGAUAAAUCGGAACGUCAAAGAGGUGACAAGGCUUAUGCUGACCAAAUAGUAUUACUGCCAAAAGAAGCGGUUGUUCUACGAACGACGAAAAACUAACAAUAUUUGAAACAAAUCGGAACUAUACAAACUUUUGA